GCAGUGAUUAUUUUAGCAAUGACAGUUUCUUUGAAUUGGAUGGAGAAAAAUGCAGAAAAAGAUUGAUAUCCAAUGCACUCCCAUUGAAAGUAUCCCUAAAUAACAUCAGUAUUGAAGAGGCUGGUUCAGCAUCAACAGUUGAUAAAUCAACAACAAUUAAAAAAGAAACUGUACCAAAAGUUAAUAUUGUUCAUGAAUCUAUGUGUAAUAACUCAAGCAAUGAACAUCGUGAAAGAGAAUCUGCUCUAGUUUCUCCAAAUUUUGAUGACACAACAAUAAAUACAGAAGAUAUUAAUUUGUGCAGUAUCGUUAAUAAUGUUUGCAAUACAAAGAAAAGGAAACUGAUGAAGCAAAGUAAAGGGUCAAUAAAAAGAGUAAAAUUCACCCAUGAAAACAAAGUGGAAUAUAUGACCAGCUCUGAUUUUGUAUCCGAAGAAGCUUGGCUUAAGUUUUUAAGAUUUAAACAAUCGCAAAAUGCAAGAAUAGCAGCAGCACAACAAAAUCUCUCGUCGAAUGAAAAAGAUAAAUAACUUGGUUGAUGUUAUCAAAUCUUGAAGAAAAAGAAGAAACAAUGGCAGCCACAUAUUUAUAGGUUUAAUUUUUUCCUUACCAAUGAUGCACAAAUAUUUACAGAUAAAAUGUUUGAAUCAUUUUGUCACAUAUUUAAAUACUUUGAAUACAAUUGAUUGGAGGCUUCUUGUUUUUUGUUUCCACCAAUGGGAUUUUGAACAUAA